AUGCAAUCCCUCAUCGACACGACCAAGGCCUCGUCCAGCAAGCAAGCGGCGGCGCCGUGGCCGUCCACCUUGCCAGUCGACCCCGACCACGACCACGACCAUGACCACGACGCCGCCACCGAAACGGCCCCGCCGCCGUUCCGCCGCCGCCGCCUCACGCCCUGGAGCCCCGCCUGGCACUGGGCCAAGCUCGGCUCCGCUGCGCCGCGACCAUGGUCGCCAUCGCCGGCAUGCCCCUCGCCGCCGCGACGCACGGCGAAGGCACGCGCGCGCCCUCUGCGCUUCGGGCUGCCGGCGCACGUCGUGGCGCUGGCGUACGACCUGGCCGAGUGGCCCGUGGUGCAGCGCCACUUCAAGGGCGCGGCGCGGCAUGCGGCCCGCCCUGACCUCGGCAGCGUCGUGCGCAUCGCACUCAUGGGACGAGCCGCGAACGAGGUGUACCGCCUCAGAAUGACGACGCCCAGCGGGGACGCGAUUCAGUACUUCCACGAUGCCGACACGAACGAACCGCCGGUGCGCGUUGUCGUUCCAUCUUGGCAUGGAGUCGAUGCGGAGGCGGGCGGGAUGGAGCCGCCAUCGGGCUAUCGGGAUGCUGACGAGCAGGGAAGCACGGACAAGGUGUUUCUGCCGAGUCCAUCUCGCGAGUAG